AUGACAUACAGUCGCUUUCUUAUCAUGAUAUCCCGUUUUCUAUCAAGUUGGUGGGCAACUGCAUUUUAUCUAUGGCAGGCGUUGAUACAUAGCGUUGAAAUUGAUUUCCUAUCUCUCUGGGUGUCACCACCCUCAUCUCAGCUCAUCUGGAUUACGGUCGACUUUUCCACUUUCUCUUUCUAUUCAUUUUCCCUUUUCAUUUCGAUAUCCUGCUUCGACAUUUACGGUUUCCUUUUCAGUUUGCCAUCAGGUUUGGUUCACCAUUGA